UAGAGAGACGCUUUCCUUUUUAAUUUUUUUUUCCAUGUGUUCACUUCCGGGUCCGGCGCCGAUCCGGAUGCUCGAGGCAGAAGGAUGUUUGACCUCCGGAUAAGUGAGGUGCCGCUGUGCAUUCAUUCCCGACUGCAUCGGUGGCGACAGCAGCGGCCCGGGCGGCGACUCUCCGGCCAGCGGCGGCGGUAGGAGGCACUGGCAGUAGUGCGGAGACGUAGUCCGAGCCGGGCCGAGCUGCGUUACCUCUUUCGCUCGUUCCUUCCCCCCUACCUCGCUCGAUCCCUCCCUGCGUGGCUCGCUUUCCUCCUCCGGCCGCCGGCGGGUGUGAUGUGCCGUCGCCGCUGCCCCAGUCGCCGCUGACUAUCGGAGUGGGGGCGCCGCCCGCGCCCGGGACCGACCCCGCCGCUCGCCGCGCCUCUGAGCUGUCCAUCAAUAUCAACUCACAUCACUGAGAAGAUAAUUUUGAAGACAUGUUUUGCUGAAAAGACAACUGAGAAAAAUUUUACGAAUGGGAUGAACACGCUCCAGUUGAUUGACUACCUACUGCAAUUUGAAUGUUAACAUUACCCACCUGGUACAGUUACCUAGUGAUGUACCUGUUCUCACAAUACCCUAUUUCAGCGUGCUUGUCUUGAUUAAAGAAUUCAAAGUGGAGUACCGCAAACUUGAUAUGGAUAAUAAAAAGAAAGACAAGGACAAAUCAGAUGAUAGAAUGGCACGACCUAGUGGUCGAUCAGGGCAUAACACUCGAGGAACUGGGUCUUCAUCAUCUGGAGUUUUAAUGGUUGGACCUAACUUUAGAGUUGGAAAAAAAAUUGGAUGUGGCAAUUUUGGAGAAUUACGAUUAGGGAAAAAUUUAUACACAAACGAAUAUGUGGCAAUUAAACUGGAGCCCAUGAAAUCCAGAGCACCACAGCUACAUUUGGAAUACAGAUUCUACAAGCAGUUAGGAUCUGGAGAUGGUAUACCUCAAGUUUACUAUUUUGGCCCUUGUGGUAAAUACAAUGCUAUGGUGCUGGAACUGCUGGGACCUAGUUUGGAAGACUUGUUUGACUUGUGUGACAGAACAUUUUCUCUUAAAACAGUUCUCAUGAUAGCUAUACAACUGAUUUCUCGCAUGGAAUAUGUCCAUUCAAAGAACUUGAUAUACAGAGAUGUAAAACCUGAAAACUUCUUAAUAGGACGACCAGGAAACAAAACCCAGCAAGUUAUUCAUAUAAUAGAUUUUGGUUUGGCAAAGGAAUAUAUUGAUCCAGAGACAAAGAAACAUAUACCCUACAGAGAACACAAGAGCCUUACAGGAACAGCUAGAUAUAUGAGCAUAAACACACAUUUAGGAAAAGAACAAAGUAGAAGAGAUGAUUUAGAAGCUUUAGGUCAUAUGUUCAUGUAUUUUCUGAGAGGCAGUCUUCCUUGGCAAGGCUUAAAGGCUGACACAUUAAAAGAGAGGUAUCAGAAAAUUGGAGAUACAAAACGAGCUACACCAAUAGAAGUAUUAUGUGAAAAUUUUCCAGAAGAAAUGGCAACAUAUCUUCGUUAUGUAAGAAGGCUAGAUUUUUUUGAAAAGCCAGAUUAUGACUACCUGAGAAAGCUUUUUACUGACUUGUUUGAUCGAAAAGGAUAUAUGUUUGAUUAUGAAUAUGACUGGAUUGGUAAACAGUUGCCUACUCCAGUGGGAGCAGUUCAGCAAGAUCCUGCUCUAUCAUCAAACAGAGAAGCACAUCAACACAGAGAUAAGAUGCAACAAUCCAAAAAUCAGUCGGCAGACCACAGGGCAGCUUGGGACUCCCAGCAGGCAAAUCCCCACCAUUUGAGAGCUCACCUUGCAGCAGACAGACAUGGUGGCUCGGUACAGGUUGUAAGUUCCACAAAUGGAGAGUUAAACACAGAUGACCCUACUGCAGGACGUUCAAAUGCACCCAUCACAGCCCCUACAGAGGUAGAAGUGAUGGAUGAAACCAACUGCCAGAAAGUGUUGAACAUGUGGUGCUGCUGUUUUUUCAAACGAAGGAAAAGGAAAACCAUACAACGCCACAAAUGACUCUGGACACAGACAGAUCAUGGGGAGUUACUUACAUGUUCAUCUGCUGUCUUGUGAUUAAAAUCAUCUCUGUAGUGACCACAUAUAUUUUCAAGGACUCACUCUUAGAAACAAAAAUGUCAUACUUUCAUACUUCGUUUUGUGGUUGUCUUACAUUCAUAUUUUUUUCUAAUUUAACUUUUAUGGAAGCUUUAAAGUUUUGUCAAAACAUGAGUGCUUUGCCCAUCAAUGAAUAGAAUGGACCAAUGAGGUGGCUUUAAUGAAUACAGUUCUAUAGGACAUUUUUCAGAAGCUCUUCUCCUGUUGUAGAGAACAGAACAGUAUCUUAAGUGUCAGACAGUUAUAUACCUAAUUUGAUUUUUUAUAUAUUCUGUAAGAGCAUAAUCAAACAGGAAUUUUCUUCCCAAUGGAUAAUGCAACCGAGAAAACAGAGUUGCCCAAAUGUCUUUUUAAAAAAAUUAUUCCUUGAGAAGUUCAUUUUUUGUAACAUCUGCAUUGAUUUCAGUAUUACUGAUGGUACUGUUAUUCAUGGAUCAUAUUAACAUUCUCUCUGUGAAAUCAUGGUACAGUCACUGCCCAGAGGUACUGAGGAAAAAGCUCUAUGAGUUCAGCAGAUGGUUUGGUAAAAUGAAUCACAAUAAGUGCGGGAAAUAUGAGCUCUGCUUUUGUUGCACCACUAUGUGAUAAGUACAGUGUUGUAGGAGUGGCAAAAGCGCUUAUUUUUUAAAAAUGCAAAAUAUUUGUAUAAUGUAACUUUAUGCUUCCAGAUAAUAAUGUAUGUUAGAUAGCAAGAAAUGAAUGCUUUGAAAAGUGACAUAUGUUGGAGAUUUUUUUUUUUUUUUAAAUACACUAAGGAAAAGAAAUAAAUGUGAACCUCGUUGCAAUGUGUAAGGUUGAACCUAAGGAGACCCACUGAAACCUACUGCUGAAUGACUACAUUCUCCCUUAAGCAGAAAACGUUGGAUGUGCCAUGCAAUGGUGUCUUGUUUAUUAUUUUGCUCUUUGACUAAAAAAAAAAAAAAAAAAAAAGACCCCCAGCAAUAAAAACUGGGUCACUCUUUUUCCCUCUGUGCACAUUAGUCUCUUGUAUUCAACUUUGCUAGUUCUUGGAAUUUUCCUACCCUUUAGUAUAAUUUUGGUGAUUGGAAAAUAUUUUGGAAGGAUGAGUCAGGUGCUUUGCCUCCAUAGUCUUUUGAAGUGCCUGCAUAUGAACAAAGUAACAAUUCUGUAAAAAAAGAAGCCCAUUCCAUUCUUCAAGUAUGCUUUGUUUUAAGCCAUAAGGACACAGGUAUACUUUUGUCAAGGACUACUAGCCAGAGUUUUCAAGAAGGGUUAGAACAAAGACUGGCUAGAAAUAUUACAUGUUGAUCAAAUCUCAUAUUCACCUCUCAUUUAUAAAAUUGUUGCUCCUUCCAUGCAGUCUCUUCUUUGUCUUUAAGUGUGUGCCUCCAGGCAUGCUUAUUUAUUUUUAUUAUCUCAAGGUAACAUUUAAAAUGUGUAUUAAAGUAAAUAAAUCCACAUUUUUUACUUCAUUAUUACAUUUACAGGGAUUUAAUUGUACUUUGUAAUUUAUUUUUCUUAUUAGCCAAAAGUUCAGUGCAUUGUUUGAUGAAUUAGGCACCCAUAUGAACACCAUAAAUCAGGAAAUUAUUUAUCAUUGUUACUCUGAAACCUAUGAAUGAUCUUUUCUUGAUUUUAAAGACCUACUCUCAGCCUGGAAAACAUUUGCUGUAUAAUUUGGUCAACAGUUUCCAUUUCUGUUUCUUUGUAUACUGUCAUGAUGUCUUAAACUACAGGAGUCACAUACUGAGUUUUUAUUUUUGUUUGCUUUGAGUAAGGCAAAUGGAUGUUUUGGCCAUUAUAAUGUGAAACCACUUCUUUCUUUACAGUAUUUGACCAAAUUUGUGUGUCUAUGAUAUUUGUAAAUACAUGCGAUACCUGUAUUUCUUAUCAUAAGUCUAUUUAGUUUUAUUCUCAGUAGGGUUUUUUGGACUGUACAGUGUUUAUAUGAUCUGAACUCCUUAUACAUAAGAAGGUGUGUAUAAUAAUCCAAUUAUGGACUUAAAUAUUUUGAAAGUAUAAAUACCCUUAUUUGCUGCAAAGACCAGUGUGUAGGCAUUUGCUUUUUAGCAAUAUUUUUAAGUGCUCCAUUUUAAUGCCAAGGAAUAAGUCUUUUGGCAACUCAAACUGGUCAAUAAUAGGUAAUGCAGGUAUGUUCAGGUGAAGCCAACGAUGUUUUGCAUUUUUAUGCUUCUUUUCUGUCAACACUAAUGAAGUCAACAUUGCCUGAAUGUCUGAAUAAUGAAACACAUCCCUGUUUAAAAGUAUGUAACUGAAAAAGAAAUAAAAAAUAAAGGUAGUUUUUUUAAACUUGCUCUUUCCCCUUUCCUCUAAUCACAGGCAAAAUAAUCCCAUUCACUAAUUUAAGAGAGAAAUUUUAAAAAUUCAGUUGAUUCAGUCUAUUACAUGUGGGAAGCAGAAUUAAAGGAAUAUGAUUUUGUUAUUUUUUAAAAUUUGUUAUUUUGAUUUUAUUUUUGCUUUCCUUUGUUGGAAUGCAAUUGUAAGGAGCACAUACCAGGAAGAAUCUAAACUUUCAUUUUUAAUUAAAAAAAUUCUAUGAACUACUUAAUAGAGCAAUUAGUUACAACUGUUUUCUAAACAAGGAAGUAAACAAUAAUUGUAUUCCUUUUAGAAAAUAAAUCAUACUGUUCACAGAAAUUCAGUAUAACUAAUCCAAUUUUGAAUGAAUGACUCUAAAGUCCUUGCAGAUGGAAAGCACAUAUUUCUGAUCAUAAUUCAGUUUAUCAUGAUACUAGGUGCUUUAAAGGUUUUUACCAAAAAAGGCAUUAAUGGUGCUGUAUUUACUGAAGAUUGCUAUAGAUAAGAUAUGACAAAGCAGCACACUCAGCCCAUGAAUAGUGUGUGCACUAAGUACUAGAGACAUUAAGAAACAGGAGUAAAAUCUGAAGAUGAUGUAUAACUUUUAAAAGGCCCUAUUUAGAAAAAUCUCACCCAAGAUUGGGGUUCCAGUCUUAAUGAUUAUGUGUUGUAUCAGUAAGAAUAUUUUGAACUGCAAGUGAUAGAAACUUAUGCUGGCUUAAGCAAUAAGACUGUACAUUAUCUCAUUGAAUGUCAAAAUCCAGUGGUAAUACUGGCUUCAAAUGAUGAUGAUAAGAUGAGAAUCUUUUUCUCCAUAUCUCUUGUGUUACUUUCCACCUUGAUUUUUCACUUCUCAUAUAUGAUGGUAAAGUGGCAACCCAGCAGCUUUACUGUAUGUACCAUGUUAGUAACUACAGUAAAAACAACACCAUUUUUCUCAACAGUUUCAAUGAAAUCCUGACCCCCCUCCCCCCAAUUAGUGUACAGCCUCACCAUUGAGCCAGUUACUAUGGACAGGGCAUCUGUUCUACCAAUGUUUGAGACUGAGUUAUGAAUCCACCUUUAGAAGAUGUUUGGAACUGAGGGGGCUGCCCAAAAGUAAAUCAAGAUAUUAUAAUCAAAAGGAAAGUGACUAGCUAUUGAGCAGGCAAAACAAACAGAUAAUCUCAUCAUACUAAAGGAAACAAAAUACAGCAUAAAGGCAAAUCCAAUUGUCUUAAGUUAGAAAACAUUUUUCCCCAAAACUGUAUAAACUUGGAUAUAUUAUUAGAAGUCAUUUAUACAGUGAGUGGGUACCUUUGAAAAAUGUUUGGGACUCGGGUGUAAAGAAAAGUUACAAGUAUCUUAUUUGGUAUGUUCUUGUUUUUCUUUAGUUUUUCAGAAUUUUGGUGAUAGAAUUGAGUUAGAGUUAAAGUACUUUUUUUUUUUUUUUUUAAAUAAGAGUACAAAUAAGUGUGAUUAUAAAACUUUGCCAAUGUUCAGGAUAACUAGUUGCUUCUCGGCCCACGUUCAGACCCAUCUAAGUUAUUAGGACAUUUGCUUCUUCAUAAGAACAUAUGGAUCAUAACCAAAGAAAGGAAUAUAUAUAUAUACACAUAUAUAAUAUACAUUCAUAUACAUACAUACAUGUAUAUAUGUAUUUCAGGUAACAUUGCUGGGAUGUUAAAUUGGUUUUGUUAGAAUGACUGUUCAUAGGGAUGUUUACCAUACUGUAAUUUGAAAAAACAUUCCUGCACUUCUCUGGACUAGAGGUUGGCAAAUUAUUUUUUAGGAAAGUUUGUGCUUUAUGAACCAAGAGGUAAAAUUGAGGCUUUUAUAUACUUAAGUAAUGAGAGAGAAAACAAAUUUCCACAAAUAUUUUAUUGAUGAAAUUCAAAAUAUAUUAAUACUUGAAUACAUUUUUUUGCAAUUCAGGUCUGCUAAUGAUAAGAGUGGAAUUAUUUUGAAGGGAUUAUAUGCCAUGUAGUUCAGAUUUGAAAUUGAUGACAAAUAUUCAUCUUUUAAUGGUGAUCUGUAAUUUUUCAUAUUUCAUCUUUGAAAUUUUUUUCCACAGAAAGGUAUUACCAAAACUGUCAUCAAUCUUUGCAUGUGUGACUUUGAGCAUAUUUAUAAUUUGAGAGAAUUUAUAGAAUUCUGCAUUCUCUUGAUAUUUGCCUUUUAAUGUAUCAUUGCAGAUUAAUCACUUUCUAUUGAAAGUUAGGUAGAGUCUCCUUGAUUGUACUAUUAAAUGGAUUUUGCAUUAGGGAAAUUUCCUGUGCAAUUGCAUUGAGUUCCAGAUAUAUAGCCUGAAAUAUAUUGAGACUGGAAAAGACAUCCACUGCAAAUUUGUGUGGGAAUGCAUAUCACACUUCUUUUAACUUGAUAGCAUGGGAAUUGUGUUAACCAGCUUGACAUUACUUGUGAUUUAAAUAAGUUAUCAAAAUGCUUGUUGCAGUGUAAGUCACAUUAAAGGGCUGUUUUCAUUGUAACUUUAGAUUGGAUUUAUUAACACUAUCAGGCCUGUAACAAAAGCUAAUUUUCAAAAUUAUUCAGUGUUUGGUAAUAGUAACAGGGUGGUUCAUCUAAAAAAAAAUUUAGUACCGUUUUGAGGUAAAAAAAUUGCAAUAAAACUUCACCACUGCCAUUGAAAGUGGUUAAUUUGGGCAAAUCAUGAUAUUCAACUUUUAUUUCUGACAAAACUUAAUAGACCUAGUGAUAGUUAAUUAAGACUUUGCUAGUUCAGUAACAUAAUAGUUUCAGGUAUUUUCCACAUAUCUGUUGAUUCACAUAUGAAGAAUUGUCAACUUUAAACAUCCUACUUUUCAUAGGCUUUGUAAAUUUUGUCUAACCCAGCUUUUCCUACUCUACACAUUUUUCUACCACUAUCAAUUACAGCACAUCUUAACAGAUUCCACUUCAGGUUGGACUGAACUAGUGUUUUCUGGACUUUGAAAAUGCUUUCUCCUGUAGUUGUUCCAUACAGAGUAUCUUUAAGGCUAAUUCUGGAGUCACUUCAAUUUCAGCAUUGACUUCUUAAGUAAGUAAAAACUGGGCAGUAUUGGUCACAUUUGUUAACUCAUCAAGAGUCAAGGAAAACUAUUUGAUAUCAUUUGCCUUGUUUAUAAAUAUUCAUUGUUGUGACACCAUGGGGUCCUAAUGUAUUCAAUCAUAUUCUUGCCAGGAAGCUAGUUUAUUUUGCCAGGAACAAGUUCAUUUUCUCUGGACACACUUUCUGGCUGCUGCAAUCAAGCAUAAUUAAUAUACCAUUAGUAAACAGCUUUCUUUGCUUGGCUAACAAAUGAGUUACUCACAAAUUUACUUGGAUCACCUUCAUUCUCAUUUAUGUGUGUAUGGUGGUGGUGAUGGUGUGUGAAUAGAUUCUGUGAUGAGAUAUUUUUGUUUUUCUAAUUGUUCUAACUGUUGGUUUCCUGUGAGUGGAAUACUGUGAGGAGUACUUAAUCUGGUAAUGUUGAAAUAUAUUCUUUUAGCACAGCUGAAGUAUCAUUGCAUAAUAAACAUAAUGCUUUGACAUAUAAUUGUAUAACAAAACAAUCUACACUCCACUGUGCCUUAAAAUUGCAACACUCAAUGAUCACUUUACUUUCUUCUGACAUUUUAAAUAUGCAGCAGUAAUAAAGAAUAAUAAAAUGUAUGUAUGACAAUAUGUGUGGCACUUGAAAUACUGUUGAAUUAUAGUCACUACUGAGAUUUAUAGUGGUGUUAAAGAACAGUGCAAAGCAAUGAAAGUGCCCCAUAUGGUCUCUGUCACAAAUGUUCAACUCUGCUUUUGUACCAUGAAAGCAGCCAUAGACAAUAUGUAAACAAGUGAGCAUGGCUGUGUUCCAAUAAAAUUUUAA